UCAGUCUCGCGGUUUACGUUCUAAGUACCAGACAAUGGUCACAAAAAUGCACUUGUUUCCGGCGUUGCUAUUGAUAUUUGUGACUGCAGCUUCUGCGCGACUUGUCAACAAAUCCCCGACUCCUAUUAGUGCAGAAGAUAAAAGUUCGGAGUAUGGAUUCGCCGCAGAUGUCGAAACAGUCAGUGGCAUUCGUUUGCUCUACAGAAUUUAUGAGAGUUGUGCGAAGCAGAACCUAUUAACGUGUCUCAAAGUGAAAUUGAUAAUGGGACUUGACAAUGCCAUUCGGUACUCGGACGACAUCAGCUUAUUUACCGGAGUGGAGUUCGUGCGUAAUAACAAUUUAGAUGCCCCGAAAAUUCAGUACAAAUCCGAACAGGAUAUUGAGUCAGAACUUCCACGGUCCGUUGCAGAAAAGGAUGAGAAACUCAACGCAAUGAUAGUGGAUCGGAUUAUCUCUUUGGUUCAAUCGCGCACUCUGAAGGUGAAGUCUCUGUUCGAUGAUGGCGACUCCAAUCAGUCCAUUUGGGAAGGACGCGGAAAGAAGAAAAAGCAAAAUGGAGCAUUCGUUAUGAUACCUCUACUUCUUGGAGGAACGUUCAUUCCCAUAGCGUAUGGAGCUCUCGCGUUUCUUGCGGGAAAAGCGCUGAUCGUCUCCAAGUUAGCUCUGGUAUUGGCUUCAAUCGUUGGAAUCAAAAAGCUUCUUAAUGGAAACUCAGGGAAAGACUCACAGCAUGAAGUCGUUGUGUCCGGACAUGGUGAUUCAGGAUGGGCGAGAGAUAUUGACUUAGCGUAUAACAACUAUAGUCCAAAGAAUAAUUUCAAGGAAACAUUUUAGAAACAGCUUGCCUUCCUUCUUAUUAAAUAGUUAUUUAAAAUUUCCAAAAUGUGUUAUCCUGAAAAAUAAAAAUCUUAAU